UGCGUGGAGCUGCUGCUGCUGCUGCUGGCCGGCGAGCUGCCCCUGGGCGGCGGCUGCCCGCGGGACUGCGUGUGCUACCCGGCGCCCAUGACGGUCAGCUGCCAGGCGCACAACUUCGCCGCCAUCCCCGAGGGCAUCCCGGAGGACAGCGAGCGCAUCUUCCUGCAGAACAACCGCAUCACCGUCCUGCGGCAGGGCCACUUCAGCCCCGCCAUGGUCACCCUGUGGAUCUACUCCAACAACAUCACCUUCAUCGACCCGCACACCUUCGAGGGCUUCGUGCACUUGGAGGAGCUGGACCUCGGCGACAACCGGCAGCUGCGGACGCUGGCGCCCGAGACCUUCCAGGGCCUGGGGAAGCUCCACGCCCUCUACCUCUACAAGUGCGGGCUGGGCGCCCUGCCCGCCCGCCUCUUCGGCGGCCUGCACAGCCUGCAGUACCUCUACCUGCAGGACAACCACCUCGAGUACCUGCAGGACGACAUCUUUGCCGACCUGGUCAACCUCAGCCACCUGUUUCUCCACGGCAACAGGCUGCGGAGCCUGGGCCAGGACACCUUCCGGGGGCUGGUGAACCUGGACCGGCUGCUGCUGCACGAGAACCGGCUGCAGUGGGUGCACCCCCGGGCUUUCCACGACCUCCGCCGGCUCACCACGCUCUUCCUCUUCAACAACAGCCUCUCCGAGCUGCAGGGCGCCUGCCUCGCCCCGCUGGGGGCCCUGGAGUUCCUGCGCCUCAACGGGAACGCCUGGGACUGCGGGUGCCGCGCGCGCUCCCUGUGGGAAUGGCUGCGGAGGUUCCGCGGCUCCAGCUCCGCGGUCCCUUGCGUGGCCCCCGAGCUGCGGCAGGGCCAGGACCUGAAGCUGCUGAGCGCCCAGGACUUCCGGAACUGCACCGGGCCGGCGUCCCCCCACCAGAUCAAGUCCCACACGCUCACCACCACCGACAGGGCCGCGCGCAAGGAGCAUCACCCGGCCCGCGGCGCCGCCAGGGACAAGAGCCACCCGCACGGCCAUCAGCCCGGCUCCCGGACGGGCCCCCGGAAGCCGGGCAAGAACUGCACCAGCCACAGGAACCGCAACCAGGUCUCCAAGGCGGGCGCCGGGAAGCAGGAGGCGCUCGAGCAGCAGGACUAUGCCCCUGACUACCCGCACAAGUUCAGCUUUGACAUCAUGCCCACCGCGCGGCCCAAGAGGAAGGGCAAAUGUGCCCGCAGGACCCCCAUCCGUGCCCCCAGCGGGGUGCAGCAGGCCUCCUCCGGCAGCUCUCUGGGGGCCUCCAUCCUGGCCUGGAUACUGGGGCUGGCGGCCACUCUGCGCUGAGGACCCAGGGCCCCAGCGCCCGGCACUGCC